AUGGAGGUGCUGCCUGAGCUCUACGCCAUCUUCCAGGGAGAGGUUGCUACAGUGACAGAAUAUGGGGCGUUUAUAAAAAUUCCAGGCUGCAGGAAACAAGGCCUUGUCCAUAAGACUCACAUGUCCUGCUGCCGUGUGGAUAAACCCUCAGAGAUAGUAGAUGUUGGAGACAAAGUAUGGGUGAAGCUUAUCGGAAAAGAGAUGAAAGAUGACAAACUGAAACUCUCCCUCUCCAUGAAGGUUGUUAACCAAGGCACGGGAAAAGACCUCGAUCCCAACAAUGUUUCUCUUGAUCAGGAUGAGAGGAAAAAACGCACGUUCAGAGACUAUACUAGUCAGAAGAUCACACUUGAAGCUGUCUUGAACACUGUGUGCAAGAAAUGCGGUUGCAAAGGUCAUUUUGCCAAGGAGUGUUUUGUGCAGCCUGGAGGUACCAAAUAUAGCCUCAUUCCAGAAGAGGAGGAAGAGGAGGUGGCAGCAGCAGGACAUGAAAGAGAUAAAAAGACCAACCUGGCUGAUGAUUCUUCAAAAAAAAGGAAAAAG